AAUUUUGAUUUAGCGUUUUUAGAUAUUUCGUUGGCCGUCGUUGAAAUCUCUCUGAUUUUCGUCUUCUUCAAAAUACACAAUACCGAAUCUCUCUCCCAUUGAAAAUUUUCUUCCAUUUUCAACAAUGGUUCGAUUCUUCCCCGCUUUUCAGCUCCUAGUACUCAUUGGAUUUCUUUCUUCUAGAUCGGAAUCUCUUCGAUUCGACUUGCAGUCCGGCCAUACCAAAUGCAUCUCUGAGGACAUUAAGCAGAACGCCAUGACCGUCGGCAAGUAUCACGUUGUUAAUCCCAACGAAGGCCAGCCCUUGACUGAUGAACGCAAGCUCAUUGUUCGGGUGACUUCGGCUACUGGGAAUACCUAUCACUAUUCCGACAAGGUGGAAUCGGGGCAGUUUGGGUUUGUUGCUGCGGAGGCGGGUGAUUUCAUGGCCUGUUUUUGGGCUCCUGAUCACCAGCCUCAGGUCACAUUAUCGGUGGAUUUCGAUUGGAGGACGGGGGUGGCUGCUAAGGAUUGGUCCAAUGUUGCCAAGAAGGGCUCUGUCGAAGCUAUCAAUCUUUUUGAAUGGUUCUCAGGCCAAAAAUUAAUUAGGAAAAAUGUGCUUUUUGUGGAGUUGAUGUGGAGGAAUCAAUGCUCAUUCAAUAUUUUUCAAGGCUCAGUUGCAAGAUCUCAAGCUCAAGUUAAUGAGGGAUUUGGAAUUGAAGCCUUGAAGCCUAUACGUUUGGCCCUUAUCUCAAUAUGUGAUUGGAGGUUUAUUCAAGAACCUUGUUCCUUUUGAAAAUUGCUAGAACUCGUGGUUCUCAAGUUUUUCGUUGGCUUUGAAUGUGGUGCAAUAACUUAGAAGUUCAUGGCUGUGUAUCCGGUAUCUCUAUAACAUGGAGGAUGGGAGACUCUUUGCUUUAGGGAAUGAACAAUGGGCUCAAUAUUGGGUUGAUUCUUGGGUCAACAAUUAUCCUUUUAACGUUUUUGUUUUUCUCGCUUAUGUACAUUGUCUUUGAAUCAAGGAGGUUCUUUUUUUUCCUUUUGGGAUUUUUCAACAUUAUUAUUCGGUUUCUCCUAUAAGAUGUUUGUUAAAGGAGGAAUAAAUUGUUGAUUUCUAGAAUCGGUUAAUGUAACUCUUCUUUAGAUUACCUCAUUUGAAGAUCGGGCAAGUUCUCAGUGAAGUCAUGGACUAGAUUUUUUUAAGGCUUCCUCUUCUUUGGAUGAUCUUUUGUAUCAUGCUGCAUUGUAAAAGUUUUAAAUGUUCUAAGAAGGCCAACAUUCUCUUAUGGAUUAUGUUCAAGGGCAAUCUUACUUCAGCUGAAAUUUUGUUAAGGAAGAUUCCACAUCAGUGUCUUCUUCCUUCAGUUUGUCUUUUAUGCUGAGGCAGGAGAAUCUCUCCAUCACAUGUAUGUAUGUAUGUAUAUAUAUUUAUAUUUGAAUGCUAUGCUUUUUCUUUUUGGGGCAAGUUUCUCAAUUUAUUCAACACUCUGGGUAUUCUCACAUAAUUUGAGAGAAAAUGUUUCUCAAUUGACCUUUCUUCUCAUGAGAGAUUGGAUUGAACUCAUCUUAAAGCUUCUGAUUGGUGGUUCUCUUUCGAAGCUAUUUGGCAGCUAUCUCAUGCAAGAUAUUUGUUGAGGCUGGGACAUUCUUAAUUCAUACCUAUUUGUUUUGUUCAUCUUUGUUAUUGAUACUUUCUUUUCGGUGUUUCUUUGUUUCUCUUUUUUUUUUUUUUUUGGUUUUCCUUCUCAUUUUUUUCAUUUCUCGAUCUUGGUUUAUCAUUUUUAUCUUUUGUGUUUUUCUUUUUUUUGCAUUAGCCUCAUUCCAUUUUGCUUAAUGAAAAGCUGUGUUAUCUACUUAAAAAAUUAAAAAAUCAGGGUAUUCGGGGUAUUUGAAACAAAAUAAAGAUGAGGAACUGAAUUAUAUUGGCCUACUAAUUUCUCGACUGCUUUCCAAACAUCGCCACAUGGUCUGCAUUAGUCAAGUUUUGGGCUCACUGGAAUACAAUUUCACUUUAGACUCCGUGCAUGUUUGUUAUUUCAAUUCGAAUAUAUUGCUGUAAUACCUUCUCUGAGCUACUCACCCUAUCACAUGCGCUAUGUCAUUAAUGAUUCGUAUCCAAUGCCAGGUUAUGGAAUUGGAGCUGCAGAAGUUGUUUGAAACCGCCAAUUCUAUUCAAGAAGAGAUGUAUUAUCUCC